UCCAUCGAGUGAAUAAACUGGUGCGACUGAGGUCAACUGGGAGAGCUGGAGUGAGGGAAGGAAAGAGAAAGAGGUGGAAAGAAGGAGGGAGGGAGGUGUGCCCCUUGCAACCUUGUGCUAACUCCUUCUAUUGGUAGCUUCCCAGUGUGAAGAAGUCACCCACUAGUCAACAACCAGCACUGUCUUCUUGGAUGGUUCCAAGGAUCUGACCCCAUGGACCCCAAUCCAAACAGCAGGUUCAGCAUGCCGGAAAUCAUCCGGAAGAAGCGGGAUGGAGAGAAACUGAAUCAUGAGGAAAUCCGCUACUUUGUGAAAGCUCUAACCCGGGGAGAGUUGCAAGAUGGGCAAAUCGGAGCGAUGCUGAUGGCCAUCCGGCUGAAGGGCAUGGAUCCAGAGGAGACGCUGGUGCUGACCCAGGAGAUGGCUACCUCGGGGAAGGUCCUUGAGUGGCCAGAGAAAUGGCGGGGGCUCCUGGUGGACAAGCACUCCACGGGGGGAGUGGGAGAUAAAGUCAGCUUGCCCUUGGCUCCAGCUUUGGCUGCGUGCGGCUGCAAGGUGCCCAUGAUCAGCGGGCGAGGUCUGGGCCACACGGGGGGCACGCUGGACAAGCUGGAGUCCAUCCCUGGUUUCAGCGUCUCCCAAAGCCCUGAACAGAUGAAGAUGAUCUUGGAGAAGGUUGGCUGCUGCAUUGUAGAGCAGAGCCAGGAGCUGGUCCCAGCAGACAAGAUCCUCUAUGCUCUGAGAGAUGUCACAGCCACAGUGGACAGCUUGCCUCUCUCCACAGGUUCCAUCCUGGGGAAGAAGGUGGCUGAGAAUCUCACUGCCUUAGUGCUGGAUGUGAAGAUUGGAAGCGGUGCCUUCUACCGCACCCUGGAAAGUGCCCAGCAGUUGGCAGAGAGUCUGGUCUCAGUCGGGACCCAGCUGGGAAUAAACACCAUUGCAGUCUUCAGCAAGAUGGACAGCCCCUUGGGGCAUCGGGUGGGCAAUUCCUUGGAGGUGCUAGAAUCCUUGGAGUGCUUGGAAGGACGAGGCCCCCAGGACCUCCGUGAGCUGGUGACCACCUUAGGAGGAACCUUGUUGUGGCAGUGUGGGAGAGUCCCCUCUGUGUCCGAGGGCACUGCCCACAUUGCAGGAGCGUUGGACCAUGGUUCUGCCUUGGGUGCCUUCCAGGGCAUGCUGCAAGCCCAAGGGGUGGCACCCCAUGUGGCCCAGGCCCUGUGUAAUGGGACAGAGGAGCAGAGACUGCAGGUGCUGGGAAAGGCUCAGGUCCAGGAGGAGCUGGUGACUGAGGGCGACGGGACAGUCCAGCAGAUCCUUGCUUUGCCCAUCGCUCAAGUGCUGCAUGCUCUGGGGGCUGGACGCACCCAGGAGGGCCAACGGAUCAACCUCCGGGUUGGAGCUGAGCUUCUGGUCUCUGUGGGGCAGCGGGUGAGGAAAGGAACUCCAUGGAUCCGGAUCCAUUACGAGAUCCCAGCAUUGAGUGACAUCAACCGACGGACCCUGCAAGGUGCCCUCAUCCUGAAGGAUGUGGAGCCCUUUGUUCCUGGCCUGAAGGUGAUCAAGACGCUUUCCCCUUCAAAACCCUGAGGAGUCAGAGGGACGGUGGGGAAGGGAAGGGGUCCUGAAAAACUGCAGGGUUUGAAAGACGUAAUGGAGAGAAGCCCAAGAGUCAGCUCUUAUGGACUGAAUCAUAGAACUGGAAGGGACCACAAAGGGAAAUCCAGUCCGUCUCUUUCUGCCAUGCAGGAAGAUGCCAUCCAAGCACUCCUACAUCCAGCCUCUGUUUAAAAACUUCCAAGAAGGAGACUCCAUCAGAGUCCAAGGCAGCAUCUUUGACUCUCAAACAGCUCUUACUGGCAGGAACCUCUUCCUAAGAAGAGAUCAAAUUAGUCUGGCAUGACUUGCUUUGGAGAAAUCCAUGUCGCCUUUUGUGAUUAUGGCAAUCCCUUCAAAAUGUUCACAGACUCUCUGCUUAAUGAUCUGCUCUAGAGUCUUUCCUAGUCUUCAUGUCAGACUAUACUUGAAGACCUUCUACCACACAUUUUCACACAUUGUUGAAAUUCAUUUUAUUAGUUUUGGCCUAACUCUCUAAUCUAUUAAGGUCAUUUUGAAUUUUGACCCUGUCCUCUUGAGUAUUAGCUACUCCUCCUAAUUUGGUCUCAUCUGCAAAUUUGACAAACAUGUCCUCUAUUCCUUAAUCCAAGUCAUUGACAAAGAUGUUGAAUAGCAAACUGGUCUCAGGACAGAACCCCGCUGGACACCCCACUGGUCACUUCUCUCCAGAAUGAAAAGAAGGAGCCAUGGUUGAGCAUCCUUUGGGUUCGAUUGGUCAGCCAAUUCUAAAUCCAUUUAACGGUUGCAUUGUCUGAUCCACAUUUUACAAGCUUCUUUGCAAGAAUGUCAUGGGAAACCUUGUCAAAGGCCUUACUGAAAUCAAGAUAUACUAUAUCCACAGCAUGCCCUUCAUCUACCAAGCUGGUCAUGUGAAUUUUUGGUUAUGGUGCAGCAGUCUGAGUGUUAAACUAUGAGUCUAGAGACUAGGAUUCGAAUCCUGGCUUGGCCAUGAAACCCACCGGGUGACCUUGGGCAAGUGACACUGUCUCAGCCUCAGAGGAAGGCAAUCGCAAGCCUCCUCUGAACAAAUCUUACCAAGAAAACCUCAUAAUAGGUUCGCCUUAGGGUUGCCAUAAUUCAGAAACCACUUGAAGGCACACAACAACAACAACAACAAAUGCCUACUAGUAAUUUUAAUAGGAUUAUUUAGUUAUCUAGUUGUAACUGUCAUGGUAGAAUAAUGUAUUUUUUCCCUUUUCCCCCAUUACAAUAUGGAUUAGGCUGUUUUGUGUAUUUAGGCUGCAUCUGCACUGCAAAACUAAUGCACUUUGACACCACUUUAACUGCCAUGACUCCCAGCUAUGGAAUAUUGGGACUUGUCAUUUUGCAAGAGUUUUAAUUCCAUAGCACUGAGCCAUGGCAGUUAAAACAGUAUCAAACUGCAUUAUAUCUGCAGUACAGAUGGAACCUUAGUUAGCGUUAAGUGUCCCAGUGUUUUAGCAUUACGUAUUCAUUUUACUUUAGUUGAAUUGCAUGUGUGGAUGUGUUCUGCUUUAUUUGUCUACUUUUUGUUUUCUCAUCUUCUUUAUAUUUUAUUUCCUUUCUGAAUGCUUAUGGUUUUGGUUGUGCAAUUUUUGUGUGUUAAGAUUAAUAAAUCUAUCAUUCC